AUGUCGAAAGCAGAUUCUGGCUCGGUUGUCCCCGCGACCCAGCAGACUGGUAAGGACGCCAAGAAAAAUCAGGUCCUCGAAGCCUCGCGCUCGCCAGGCACCCUCCUUCCGCGCUCGAUCCUAAUCGCGGCAGGCCGGUACGGACCUGUACGGCAAGAAGACCCGGGCACCGCCGUCGCUGUCGAGGCCGGCACGCGUUGA